CUCGCGAGUUCUGGAACUCUCGCGAGAUCCAACGCCCGACUUGUGCGCCCGGGAAACCCCGUCGCUCCCUUUCCCCUGGCUGGCAGCGCGGAGGCCGCACGAUGCCUGGAGUUACUGUAAAAGACGUGAACCAGCAGGAGUUCGUCAGAGCUCUGGCAGCCUUCCUCAAAAAGUCCGGGAAGCUGAAAGUCCCUGAAUGGGUGGACACAGUCAAGCUGGCCAAGCAUAAGGAGCUGGCUCCCUACGAUGAGAACUGGUUCUACACACGAGCUGCUUCCACAGCACGGCACCUGUACCUCCGGGGCGGCGCUGGGGUUGGCUCCAUGACCAAGAUCUACGGGGGACGUCAGAGAAAUGGCGUCAUGCCCAGCCACUUUAGCCGAGGCUCCAAGAGUGUGGCCCGCAGGGUCCUCCAAGCCCUGGAAGGGCUGAAAAUGGUGGAAAAGGAUCAAGAUGGGGGCCGCAAACUGACACCUCAGGGACAGAGAGAUCUGGACAGAAUCGCCGGACAGGUGGCAGCUGCCAACAAGAAGCAUUAGAACAAAGGAUGCUGGGUUAAUAAAUUGCCUCAUUCGUAA